CUGGCACCGGCACUGGCACCGGCACUGGCGUCGGCACUGGCACCGGCACCACGCAGGACGCGGUGCACUCGGUGCAUCCCGUGACGGGCGAGCACGUGUUCCUCGGGGCGCACUCGGUGCCGGCCAUGGCCAUGGCCCUGGCCCUGAGCCAGCAGCAGCCCGAAAACGAGCCGUCGGCGUCCGUGUCCAUGGUGCGCGACCUGCUCGACAAGAGCGUGCUGCCCAUCUUCACCCUCGACAACGACAGCACCACGUACCCCUUUGUCGACCUCUGGGGGCUGCCCCACGCCUCGCCCGUGCGCAUCGAGAAGCUGUGCGCCAUGCUGCCCUCCGACUCCGAGUGCCUGCAGCACGUCCGCCAGUACCGCGACACGGCCCACGUCCUCUUUCCAGCCAUCGUCAACAUGCACCAGUUCGAGUCCGAGGUCACCAGGUUCCUCGUCACCCGCACCACCCAGACCGCCGACCCGGCCCCCCUGCCCCUGACCGAGCAAAACGUCUACGGCAAGACCGUACACUGGCUCGGCCUCUUGUUCGCCUGCCUGGCCUCGGGCUACCAGUGCUCAAACCUGUCGCGCCGGGAGCGCCAGCUCACCUCUCAAGUCUACGUCUGCUGCGCGUACGAAUGCCUGCGCAUCGUCAACUAUCUGUCGUGCAGUCAACUCGACGACAUCCAGAACCUCCUCGUGCUCGGGAAUGUGAUAUCGAACUCGAUGAACGCCGGCAUAGCCUGGGCGCUGCUGGGUUUGACAAUCCGGCUGGCACAGGGUAUGGGGCUGCACCAUGAACCUCUUUCGCGGGAUCUGCCGAGCGAGGAGAGGAUCCUGCGGCACGAGAUCUGGUCUCGCAUCAUCUGGCAGGACAGCUUGCUGUCCAUAUCCUACGACCGAGCGACUCCCACGGCAAACCUGACACGGUGGGACACGCCGCACCUGGCACCGCCCGGUGACGGCUUUUCGUACACAGAGUGCAUGCUCCAGCUGUGCACCAUCGCCCUGGACGUCGUCGGCAGCCGCACCCAGCGGACGAGCUUCCAGCGCGAGCUGCAGCGCAUCGAAGAGCGCCGGCGCGAGGUCGAGGCGAUAUCGCAGCAGGCGCAGGCGCACCUGCGCGAGCCGUCGGCGUGCGCCCUGAUGAAGGACCACCUGGAGCACUGGAACUGGCGGCUGCACCGUUCGUACGUCGUCUCGGAGCUGUGCCGACCCAUGCUGGCCAAGCAGCGCGAACACCACCACCACCACAGCCACGGCCACGGCCACGGUAACAGCGACGUCGUCGUCGCCACCCUGCGGCGCGUCUGCAUCGAUGCUCUAGUCGACACGGUCGACGCCUUCGCCAAGCUGCAGAACCUGACGGCCUUUGCACGAACUUCCUGGGCGGCUGUCCACCGCUCGCUCGGCUCGGCGCUGCUGCUGGGAAUCCUGGGCGAGCCGGCGCGCAGCGAGCGCGUGCGCCUCAUGCUCGACCAGCUCGUCGCCGUCAUGCUCAGCUUCGAGUACGCCGACGCCUCCGAGAUGCCCGGCCCCGUCACCCGCGCCGUCGAGGCCCUGCAGCGCUUCAACAUCCAGGACGGAGCCGCGGGAGGGGACGACGGCUCGCAGGCCUCGCAGGGCUCGUCUCCCUACGCCCAGAUGGAGCGCAUUCUCUGGGGCGCGGACCUGCGGCUGUCUACGACGUGGGGCAGCGACGGCGUUGCGGACGAGCUCCUGUAGCAUUCGGGUUUAAUUCUAUAAUUUCACGUCAACCAGGCGAUGGCCGGGCCUGGGGGUUUUUAAGGGAUGCCGCCCGGUGCCGUUUCUUACUCACUGCCGCUACCGCGACUAAGCGCCAUCUGCCCACUUGCUGCAAUGAUGCGGCUAUUGUUAUCUCGUCGCGGUUACCUAAGUCGUCUAGACCUCGAAUUAGUGUGCCGAGGUGGAAGUUUCGGCGGGCUCGGCGAUCUCGGCGGGCUCGGUGGCCUCGG